AACAAUAUUCAUAGCUAUUAUCGCUAAACGGCUUCUGCUUCUCUUCCUGUGCCUCAAGUAGUACUUCUUCAUCUUCUGUCUUUCGAGUUCGUGAUCUCUUCAUCGAGGUUAAUUUCAAGCAUGUCCAGGAUUCAUCCUGCUGUGACUAAUAAAAGCUCAGAACUCCUGAGGGAGAUCCAUGAAGGGGGUCGAUGCGAUAGCAAUCAGUGUCCAUCAAAGUUCACCGUGUGGAAGAAAUCGAGCAUGAGCUUUGAAGGAACUGACGGGUUCACGGUCUUCGAUGAAUACGGGAGGUUGACGUUUCGGGUAGAUAACUAUUCGAGGAAGAAUGAUCGCACGGGUGGCGGAGGAGGAGGGCUCGUGCUCAUGGACGGAUCUGGGAAAGCUUUACUGACCUUGAGACCAAAGGGUUUGAGCAUGCAACGCGGAUGGAAUGCAUAUGGAGGAGACUGCACCGGCAGGGGCCAGAGUCGGAAGUUCCGACUGUUUUCCAUGAGGAAAUCAUUAGCAAUCCCGUUCCUCGAUUAUAAUAGCAGUUACAAGGACGAAGCAAAACCAGAAUUGGAAGCCGAGGUGUUCAUCGGAGGUUCGAGGGGCCCGGAGUUCAGGAUCGAGGGAUCGUUCCGGAGGAGGAACUGCUGCAUCAGGAGAACAUCAACGGGAGAAAUAGUUGCUAAGAUUUCUAGAAAGAGAGUGAACCCAAAGGUUCUGCUCAGCAACGAAGUGUUCAGCCUUGUGGUGCAGCCUGGGCUUGAUAAUGGGCUGAUUAUGGGCUUCAUUGUUGUGUUGGACCGAAUCUGCUGUAGGCCCAUUGGUCCAUUGUUAUGCUCUUGUUAGACUCAUGUUGGUAUUCGUGGAUUUGAUAUAAAUGGUAGCGGAGGAAUUAGGAGAGAGAUCGAGAGAUAGAGAGUACAGUAUUAUUAUACAGCUUCACCAUGUACAUUAUUCGAGCUGUCGGGUUUGGGAAUUUCCGGCUACGUUUGGCUAGCUUUUGGAACACUUGUUAAGGAUUACUCUGCCGAAUACAAGAUAAUACUUUUGCUAUA